AUUUUUUUUUUUAUUUGUAUUUUAUGGAGAGAGACAAUUGGAAAUAAUAGGGCUUUUUCUGUUAGAUAACACCCGCAACAGUCUAUGAUAUUUGGGUUCAUCACUACAAUUAUGAAUCUCUGGCAAUGCUAACACAAAGGUCUUUCUUAGGUUGGCAUCGAGAUUUGCCAGAGCAUAUGAAGAUAACUUGACAGAAGGGCAUGCUUCAACGUACCAAGUAUAACCGCUUCAAGAAUGAAUCUGUGACACCGGUCGAUGACCUCUUCCACAACCUGUCUAUGAACAGUAAAGUCUCUACAGUAGCCACCACCACAGCUACACCAACUCCAUGUACGGCUGCAACUGAAGUCCUUCAAAAAGCACAAGAAGAUGGAUCCACCACUCUUUGUACAUUUAUUCACAAAGUGUCCCACUUGAAACUCUCCAGCUCGGGCAACCUGCUGGGAAUAAAAAACCUUUCCUCUGCAGUCAGGGAGCUUGCAAGUUCCAAGUUACAGGGUAGCUCUUCUGCUCUUAAUUCAGCAGCAGGAGUAUCAGACAACACAUGUAACCUUGCCUCUACCCCUCCGUGGUCUCAGCAGGACGUGAGCAAGAUGAGCACAGGGAAAAAGACACGGUCGGAAGAAAUGAAUCUGGUAGGUGAAGAUUGGAAUCAAAGUAGCAGCUUUGUCAAUAAGCCUUCCCGAGGAUGGUUGCACUCGAAUGAGAAGAUCCUGGGACCUGGAGUGACGUACGUUGUGAAGUACUUGGGAUGCAUAGAAGUUUUGCGAUCAAUGCGAUCCUUAGACUUCAACACAAGGACACAGAUAACAAGAGAAGCUUUCAGCAGAGUUUGUGAAGCUGUUCCAGGUACCAAAGGAGUCUUCAAAAAACGAAAGCCAGCAAGCAAACUUUUAUCCAGUAUUCUUGGGAAGAGCAACCUACAGUUUGCAGGAAUGAGUAUAACACUGAAUAUAUCUACUACUAGCCUCAACAUGAUGACUCCAGAUUCAAAACAGAUCAUAGCAAAUCAUCACAUGCAGUCGAUUUCCUUUGCAUCUGGUGGAGAUCCGGAUGCAACAGACUAUGUUGCUUAUGUAGCAAAAGAUCCUGUUAAUCGACGAGCUUGUCACAUAUUGGAAUGCUGUGAUGGGCUGGCUCAAGAUGUAAUCAGUACCAUUGGGCAAGCAUUUGAACUUCGCUUCAAACAAUAUCUACAAUGUCCUACUAAAAUCCCAGCAUUUCCAGACAGAAUGCAAAGUUUAGAUGAACCAUUGUGGCCAGAAGAUGAUGGAGCUACAACGGAACCUCAGUAUUACAACAGUAUCCCAAACAAAAUGCCUCCUCCAGGAGGAAUCAUUGAUGAAAGAUUAAAAACACAGCUUCCAAGCCAAGAAGACGACUCCAAGUUCAUAAACUCUUCUGGAGUAGAGCAGACCUACUAUCAAGGUCGUCAUUUGGUUGAAAAGUCAAAUGAAAACUUCCAGCAAGCUAUUAAAAGACAAGCCUCUUUAGACAUUUAUAGUCUGCCAGAGGGAAAGUCAACAGGAAAUCAAACAAGCAAUGCACCAACAUAUGUCAAUACUCAGCACAUAAAUAGAAAACCUUUGGGAGCCUUUCAAAGAAGUGUAGAUUCAGCAUUCUGUGGAUCGAUUGACAGUUCCAGAGAUGUCAACCAAAGAAAAGAUCUAUUUGACAUGAAACCAUUUGAGGAUGCUCUCAAAAACCAACCUGUGCUGAACAAAGAUGCAUCGGUUGACUGUUCCAGUCCUUUGCUGUCCAGAGCUGCUAUUUUGACAAUAAAUGAAGAAUUGAAGUCAGAGUUGUGGUAUGUGGGAGAAAUGUGUAGAAAAGAAGCAGAAAAGCUGCUCAAGAAAGAUGGAGAUUUCCUUGUAAGAAAAAGUGUCAAUAAUCCUGGUUCGUAUGUUUUAACUGGCAUGCACCAUGGACAAGCCAAGCAUCUUCUUCUUGUAGAUCCAGAAGGGACAGUCAGAACAAAAGAUCGUGUUUUUGACAGUAUUGGUCAUCUUAUUAACCAUCACCUGGAGAACAAUUUGCCCAUCGUCUCCUCUGGAAGUGAAUUGUGUCUCAAGCAAUCAGUAGAGAGGACACCUUGAUGUUACAAACAAAUCUGUCUCUUCAAGAAACCUGUGUAGGAGCCACACAUUUUGAAAUGGUGCAAUAGAAAUUCUAAUCACUUUCUCUUGGUUCCAACCAAUGUGCUUGCAAUGUAAUCUAACAGGCACUUCAUAAAACAUGAUUUUUAUAAAAUUGUU